UGAAAGAGCUGCUUGUAGCGCCAGCAGCAUGGGCAAGUCGCUGGCUAAACAACGGUCCGCGCAGGUACUGGAUAGCCGACAGGCUGCUGCGGGCGUUCACCGAGCGGCCUAGUGUCCGGGAAAGCAUCGUCGGGAGAAAAAUAGACGUAAAAGCAUAAAAGCGAAGCUGAGAAGCGACUUUGCUGAUAACAGCCGGGAACUAGCCUCUUGGUUUGCGACUAUUUUCCUCCUUCCUGGAGUGGUUUUUUGUGCAAGUCCGCCGCCUCUGCUUUUCUGCUCCACAUUAAUUUUUUCCGCAUCCGAAAUUGCCAACCUCACAAUGAACCAACGAAGCAGCGUGAAAUUCCCCCGCAAGCAGGAGGAGCUGACCAGAGACACGCCCAAGGUGCGCGAGAACUACGACCCACAGCAGCUGAUGGAGGAGCUGAAGAACGAGGUCCUGACGGAAGAGGAGCAGCUGCGUAUCCUGCAAAAGCUGAUCUACCAGACCGACGCCGACAUCGAGACCGUUCUCGACGUUCCUAAAGUUGCCGGUUGUGGUCACCCUGAUGCUAAACCUGAUCUUUGUCUACCGGUACGUGAUGGGAGGGCUCGCGGGCUAUGGCCGGGGACUGCCGACUCUGCCGUUUGUCAACUACGAGAUCCGGUCGCGCAACCCGAUCAUGGCGACGGAGCUCGGCGUGGUCAUACUGCAGUUUGUGUUCUACAUGCUCUCAUCGCGCAGAUGGGGGUGGAUCAUGAAGUCGAUCUAUUGGGUGCUUGCGGUCAGCGGAAUCGGCCAUGCGAUGCUUUGCGAAAAGACGGGAUUCAUCGAGUUCCUGUGGUGGAUGCUGCCUGUGCUCAAUCUGCUAGUGGUCGGAUAUGCUCAGCUCAACAUGCGGCGGAGUCUGCUUGACAUUGAGGAGCUUGCCAAAAAGACGUAUC